AUGGACCCCUCCAAACAACCCCCUCAGGGUGAUCCGCCUCCACGAUUCAUAGAUAACGACCCAAACACCACGGCUACGACUCAAUCCGAUUAUGACUUGUCGGAUUCUUUGAAUCGUUUGACUCUAGCGAAUGCUGCUGCUAUCCCUCUACCUGCAUCUCCAUCUAUCUCACCUCCCCAUGAUGGCCUGUCGCGACCCAGUCCCCCCAUCGCUAUCGCAGUCGACCGCGCGCCGACCCCGAAACGCGCCUCCAGCUCCAGCUCAAAUACUCUGCGUGAUGAACACGGUAGACCAAAUUCAACUCUUCAAAAACGUCCAUCUACUACAUCUCUACGAUCAGUGUCCCAACCAACUGCUCCCCCGAUCGCGGGUGCCCACGCGCCGACCCCAAGACGUACCCCCAGCUCCAGCUCUCUACGCGACGAGCGCCGCAAAUCGAUCCCAACACUACAGAAACGUCCAUCUGCUGCGUCGCUAAGAUCAACUGGCCCUACCUCACCUAUUCCAGCCUCUUCGCGACACGCCUCUGCAAACUUUCCGGGAUCUCCAACGAGCGCAACCUCGCCCGCGAUGCCUACGCGCUUGGCAUUCUCCCCCACAGAGGUGCAAGGCCCGACGGCGGCUUCAGUAGCAGCCGAGCACUUUCGCAAAGAGGUGGACCUACACCAGGUUGUGGACCUCAAGUCGAAAACAGUGGUGGUGGUUCAUGAUGCCUGCUACGGACACCGUUUUUCACGACCCCGCGCUUCGAAGGCAUUACUAGCUUCGAUCGUGGAGAGGCCGGAGCGCAUUCGUGCCUGUGUAUUGGGAAUAUCUGCGGCAUAUGUCCGUAUGGGAUGUCGACAUGAGGGAGAGCGCUUCGCGCCACGCCCCGAUCUAGAUCUACAUUUGCUUCCCCCACCGCCGUUCCAGAUUCGCAAGACGUCGCGUUCGCUGCCAUUACAUGACAAUGCUGUUACACAUGUCCAUGGUAAUCAGUGGAUGACGGAUCUGAAGAGUAUGUGUGAUGUCGCCGAGUCACGCUUAGCCCUGAGUGGGAAGGAACUUGUACGACCGCGAACUGAGGGCAGUGAAGGUGCUGCCAAUACGCCGCAACUUCACUCUGGUGAUCUUUAUCUAUGCUCUGAAUCGCUGGAUGCUUUUCAGGGUGCGCUAGGUGGCGUGUGUGAUGGAAUCGAUGCGGUUUUUGAUCACGGCCCGACUACGCGCGCCUUUGUUUGCAUUCGACCACCGGGUCACCACUGCUCAGCUGAUUUCCCUUCGGGCUUUUGUUGGGUUAACAAUGUUCUUGUUGGAAUAUCUUAUGCGGCUAUGAAUCACGGAUUGACCCAUGCGGCUAUCUUGGAUUUCGAUUUACAUCAUGGCGACGGGUCUCAAGAUAUUGUAUGGGAUCAUAACUAUAAAGCGUCGAUGGCCCCACGGAAUGCGCCAGCCUACAAGAAGACCGCGAUUGGAUACUACAGUCUCCAUGAUAUCAACUCCUACCCCUGUGAGGGUGGCGACCCAGACAAAGUGCGCAAUGCAAGCGUAUGUGUUGACGGUGCCCAUGGCCAAUCUGUCUGGAAUGUCCACUUGGAGACAUGGGAGAACGAGGCAGAGUUCUGGGAACUGUACCGGACCAAGUACAUCACAUUGAUCCACAAAGCGCGCAAGUUCCUGCGUGCUCAGUCCCAGAGACUGGCUGAUAUUCCCAAUGGGCCUGCUCCCAAAGCUGCCAUCUUCAUCUCGGCGGGUUUCGAUGCUAGCGAGUGGGAGGGUACUGGCAUGCAGCGGCACAAAGUCAACGUUCCAACUGAAUUCUAUGCUCGCUUUACGGCUGAUGUUGUGCGGAUGUCUCAGGAAGAGGGUCUUGGUGUUGAUGGGCGUGUGAUCAGCGUUUUGGAAGGUGGUUACAGUGACCGAGCCUUGACAAGUGGUGUUCUCAGUCACCUUGCAGGGCUAGGUGAUUCUAAUACAUCUCAUGACGAGUCUUCUCCUGCAGGGAUUGAAUACGAGAGCAAGUGGUGGUCUGCAGAUCAUCUCUCUGACCUGGAGACGCUCACGUCCCCACACGUCAAGCGCGAGAAAACAGCACCUACUUUCCUCGCCUCGACAAAAUCAUUCGAUGCAAAGGUUCUCUCCAUGCGUGAUCGCAAGUCGUUCGGCUCUCACAACGGCAUUGUUCCAAGCCUGCCCCCUCCCCCGGAGGUCGACUGGGCGACUGCAGCGUACGAGCUGUCCAAGGUUCUCAUCCCGGAGGAGAGCCGCCAGACUAUGAGCUGCCGCUCUGAGGAUCUGAAUGCGGAGGCAUCCCGUCAGCGCCGCGAGCGCCAAUUAGCCUUGGAAGGCAUCAAAGUCGCGGCUGUUCCACCUCGUCCGCCCCCAGAGGAGAAACGACAGCUCCGUGUACGAAAGGCCAAGUCUCCAACUCCAUUUUCACCGAGACCGGCGACACCUCGGCAACAGGCCAUUCUCAAGAACCGUCGCAGAACAAUUGAUGGGGAUGACUUGCCUGACCCGUCGGCAGAGGUGUCUCCGUCUGUGGAUGCAAGCCGCAGGAAGAGUACCAACACAAGCACGAUGUCAACCCAGCCCAUCAGUAUGGGUGAUUUGACUGGCUCCCGAGAUCAACCGCUUGCGGUGGACACUGCUGUCACGGCUACGCCUUCUAAAGUUGUCGGUGCGCGAAAGACGAGUGGCGGUUCCCGAGCAGGCACCCCCAGACGUUCUGCAAGUCCUAGAAAGGCACCUCCAAUACCCAAAGUGCCAACGGUUUACUUGCCCUCCAAGCUUUCGGAUGAAGUAACCCCGACAGAGUCGGCCAACGACGUCGAGAACCUCUCCGCUGGUCUCCGUAGGAUCAAGCUCGUCGUGCCCUCCCCCGAAGAGCAAGCAGCCCGUGACAAAAAGGCGGCCGACGAGCGCAGGUUACCCUCGACCAAGACUUCAAAAUCCCCUGGCAGAUCCCCCCGAAAGGCCAGCGGUACCAGAACACCCCGUGGCAAGACAACAUCUGCACGCUCCUCCAUCGCACAAAGCAGCUCGUCGCCUCCACUCCCCAUCGCCGAUCUUGUAAAACAAGAAAACACCGAAUCCCAAUCUAUCUCUUCCCCAUGGGAAUCAGCCGAAUCCAGCAUCAUGGACACGAGCAUGCAAGAUUCCGAAGCAUCGCAAUGGUCCUCCGCCCCAUCCAUUCCAUCAUCUACAUUCCAACCAUCCUCGCACUUCGAGAACAACACUACUCCCCCCUUGACACCAAAUCUGACUCAAGCCCCCCAACUACCAGGCCCACAAUCAAAUACUUACACGCCCCCAAUGGCCGCUGGGCAAACCAAGCAAGGUUUACCUGUCUUCACAUCCAGCAGUCCUAUUCCCUUUGCUACGCCUGGGAAUCCACAGAUGAAUCCUGGACAGGAAAAUCAACCGCCGCUGCCAUCUGCGCAGAAACCGAACGAGAAGGAGAAGGAGAAGGAGAAGGAGAUAUAUGAGGGCAGUGGACGGCUUUAUCACAAUCACCCCCCGAAUUAG